AGUGCAUCCCGUUACUAAGCAUAACAAAACAUACCGAUCGAAUAAUUCAUUUAAAGAAAUUAGUCGUCAACAUUUAUAAUUUUCGACAUGCCCAGCUCAAGCAGUAUAUUGAGCGAACUAGAUUGGGAUGAAGGAAUAGCCAUCCCUGUUGCUAAUGCAGAAAAUAAGUCAUUAGAAGAUGAAAUCCAAAAGAAACAGAAGAAAAUUGUUGCCCUUCAAACAAAACAUGGAAAAAAUGUUGAGAGAAUUGGUGCCAUUCAGGAUCAUAUGAAAAAUGUCAAGCAAGAAUUACAUCAUACCCAAAAUUUAGUUAAUGCCAGAAAGAAAGAAAUAGAUACUACCGAACAUUUUCAAAAGGUUGCCAGUAGAGAAGACGGAAGAAUUCAACAAGAACUUAUCAGACUUGGACGCGAUUUCAAUGAACUUAAAGAACGCUCUAAUCGAUAUGAGAAUAACAUCUUUAAACAAACUCAACGAGUCGAAGAGUUAAAAUCUCAAAUGAAUUGGGAUGAAAAAGCCUUAGAAGCUUGGUUGGAAGAGUCCGCAAGAAAGGACGAAGAUGCCAUGACUAUUAUCAAAUACACUCAACAAGAUGAAGGAAGAAUCAAAGAACUUACUCUUAGGAUUGAACAUUUGAGCGAAGAGUAUAAAAAGAAGAAAGAAGAACUUGACAGAGAAACGACAAACACUCAUACAACUCAGGUUGAAUUAGACAAGACAGCUGAAGAAUUUAGAAGAACUCAUGCUGAAAGACAAGAGCUAAUUCAACAAUGGGAGCACACCAUUGAACAAAUGCAGAGAAGAGAUCAUGAAAUGGAUUUACUUGCCGGACAUUUAGCUGUAGUUAGAAACCAAGUUCGAGAGAAUGAGGAAACAAUAAAGGAGAAAGAGCAAUUUUUGGAAAAUGAACAAAACAACAAUGAAGAAAAAGAUAAGCAAAUUCAAAUAACUGAAAGAACAGCCGCUAGGUUAAGAUUACAAUACCAAGAGGAAGAAUUGGCAAGAGACCAAUUUAAUUCUGAAUUAGAAGCCUUAAAACGAACCUGUGACAGAACAGCUCUCGAUUUAGAGCUAACAAGAUCUCAAAUUACUCAAUUGAAGAGAGACACAAUUGACAAACAACAGCAAUUGAAGGAUGCAAAAAUCGUAAAGGAAAAUCUUGUGGAAAAGCUAAAGAUUGCCGAAGAGACUUCGAUGAGUGCUGAAGAAAGGGCUCAACAAAUGGAUAAACUCUUAACGGAAGAAGAAAGACGUCAAGUUCAGAUGAAAGCUGAAUUAGAGAGAUUAAGAGAACAACACUUUCAGAAGAGCGAAGUUUUGAAUAAAUCUAAAACCACAGAAAGAAAUAUUGACGCUGAAAUUCAAGGAUCACGUGCCACUUUAAGGAAUUUAAAUGCCAAAUUGACAAAAAUCGACACGGAGAGCUUAAAACAACAAGAGAUUCUUUACAAUCAAGAUUUUACAAUACAACAAUUAGAAAGAAGAAUGGGUAGAAUGCAAGGCGAAACCUCAAAUGAAGAUAAAUUGAGAAUGGAGGCGAAAAUUAAAGAGUUAGUGGAUGUUUUGAAAGAAGAGGAAAACACUAAAGCUGUGUUAACUCAACAAUUAAAGAGAUUACAAGAUGACAUACGAAGAGUAAAGAGAGACUUAGAAAAAGCCAGUCUAGAGAAGAAAGCGUUGACUUCAAAAAUUGAAGAACUAGAAUUACAUUCGGAUUCUUCUCACAGAGAAUUGAAAAACGUUUCAAAUGAAAAACAAGAAUUAAUGGUGGAACACAACGUCCUCAAGCUAGAAUUAAAAAAAUUAAGAGAUACCCUUAACUUUAAAGCUGAUGAUGUGUUGAGUUUAGAAAAAAGAAGAUUACAAUUGGAAACUGCUAUGAAAGAAAGAUCUAAAGAGAUUUCCUUACAUCAAGAUAUGCUUAUAAGUCAACUUAGAGCUGCCGAAGAUGAGAGACAGCAUGUCAGUUCGGAACUCCACGAACGUAUAGCCAAAAUUGACAAAUUGAAAAAGAGAUACGAAAUAUUAAUGGUAUCUAUGGCCCCUCCUGAGGGAGAAGAAGAACAAUCACAAGCUUUCUACGUCAUAAAAGCCGCUCAAGAAAAAGAGGAGUUGCAGAGAGAUGGUGACGACCUAGACGCAAAAAUUAGAAAAGCUGAAAAGGAAAUUCGAGCUUUGGAAAAUACUCUAAGAUUAAUGAAUUCUAGAAACGAAACUUAUAGAAAGAGUUUCAAUAAAGUUCAGGAAACUUCAGAGGAGAUGGAGGAAAAACAAGCCUUGGAUGAACAACAAAGAGCAGUAACUGACAAGUAUAAAUACAAGAAGAGACAAAUUCGUGAAAUGAGUGAGGACUUGAGAACAAUGAGCAGUACUCUUGACAAUUUAUGUACAGAGGAAGAGCAAAUUUCCGAUAUGAUGGAUGACAUGCAAAGAAAAAAACAAAAAUUUAACAAAGAACUUGAAGAGCAAAAGGUUCGACUAGAAAGAGUAACAAAGCAGAAUAAUAGACUAAAAAAAGAACUGAAACUUAAAAAAGAUGCUCCUGAAGAUAAGGAUAUUGAACUUCGGGGGGCAAGAGAGUUCAAUAAGAGUGUAAUGAAUGAAAUUGGAGAAAUGGUCAGUCAAUUCCCAGAAAUGACGGACAACAUUUAUACGUAUUUUACGCAAGCAAAUCUCCCUCCACCAUCUGCUCCUUCUUCAGCUAGCUCCUCGGCUAGAAGUUCCAUUGCUUCUGUUCGAUCUUCGAGAGCAAGCGCUGUUGAUGUUGGGCAAUGGGCUACAAGAUUAAGUGGAAGUAGUUCUUCAUCUGCCAAAUCUUCUGCCAGAUCUUCAAGACGCUAACCAUAGACAUUUUAUGCGUUUUUUUUUUUAAAAACAAAUCAAUUACUAUUUCAAAUAAAUAAAUAUUCCAGUAUUCAGCAAUG